AUGUUAGACCAACAUAAGGCUGUUAAAGAGUUGCUGCCAUAUAUAGAGCACAGGCAGUGUGCUAGACAUAUUUGCCAGAAUUUGCAGAAUAGAUUCACUAGUGCCAUAUAUCAUACCUUGUUUUGGAGAGCAUCUAAAGCCACAACUGAGCAUGCUUUUAAAGUUGUGAUAAAAAAAAUUGAGACAUUGAACCCAGAUGCCCAUCAAUAUCUCAUGGAGAAAGAUCCUAAAACAUGGUCAAGAGCUUUCUUUCAAACUGGAAAUCAUAUUUGUCCAGAGAUAAGGGAUAAGGUGAAUUUGCUUAAAAAGGCUCAAAGGCAUUAUCAGGUACUACUAAGUGGAUUAAACCAGUUUGAGGUAAGGGGAGCAACAGAUGCAUAUGAGGUGGACUUAGAAAGGAAAACAUGUUCAUGUAGGUUGUGGCAAUUGAAUGGAUAUGGAUGUGCUCAUUCUGUAGCUAGCAUAUCAUUUCUUAAUAGGGAUGCAGAAGCCUAUGUAGACAACAUGUUUGACACAACCACAUUUAGGAAGGCAUACAAUUACAUAAUUGCUCCCAUGAAUAGCAGUGACAAGUGGCCAGAGACAAACUAUACUCCACCAUUGCCUCCAAUUAAUAGAAGGAUGCCUGGUAAAUCAGCUACUAAGAGGAAGAAAUCCACUACAGAGAAUACAGGAACAUACAGGGUUUUUAAGGCUGGAAAGAAAAUCAGAUGUAGUAUUUACAUGGAGAUAGGUCACAACAAGGCCACUUGUCCAUAG